GUGUUCUAGAGUCAGUUUCGGGCGCGCAAUGAACGGGAUCGCGAAUAUAUAACGGCCUGAUUCCCGCUUACGAUCGUCAGUUUUAUGCGGGCUCUGUCAGAUCUACGACAUAUUUAAUUGCGUUAUUCGCGCAACAAUACAGCUGCCAAUAAGCACGACUUUAACAAAAAGUACCACCAUCGACGUCAUCUUUUUUCCUAACUGACGAAAGCAAUUUUCAACGUUCUUAUCAUUAAACUGCGGGCAGCUAAAGACAAAAACACUUACCCAUUAUCCGAGAUUUUGCAGCUGGUGUGGACUUCAAGCAACAAAAACUUGCUAAUGUUCCGAGUUUGUUUUCUGUGAAACGAAAUAAAUGAAAUGAGAAUGUGCGAAGUUCAGAAUCGUUUGACGUACAUGCACUUAUUCAUCAAUCAGCAACAAGUCUAAUUUUCUUGUUGCGAAUCGGAGGUUUUAUGAUGAUGCGAAAUAUUAAGUGGACCCACUGGUUAAUGAAAAUGGAUUACGGGAGUUUGUUUUGCUGCUCGUUGGCGUUUCUACUUUAUAGCAAUACAUUGAAUUCAGAGUUUGUAUAUGAUGAUCGUCGUGCCAUAUUGACCAACCCAGACAUUCUACCUAAAACACCAUGGCUGCAGCUUUUUGAAAAUGAUUAUUGGGGAACACCGCUUACAGAUAGUGGAUCACAUGGUUCAUAUAGGCCACUAAGUGUAUUCACUUUUCGCCUAAAUUUCCUAUUAGGCGCAUUUGACCCAUGGGGUUAUCAUUUGGUCAAUGUGGCUCUACAUUGCUCCGCAACAUACCUGCUCAUAAGAGUUGCCAAAAACGUAUUGCCAAAGAACAGGACUCGUAUCGGUUCUUUAAUUACUGGAGCUCUCUUUGCCGUUCAUCCUGUCCAUACUGAAGCUGUAGCUAGCGUUGUCGGCAGAGCUGAUCUUCUCGCAUGCAACAUAUUCUUCUUGUCUCUACUUGCCUACUUCUCACACGUAAACCAUAGAGACUCAACGUGCUGCACACAGUCCUGCAAUCAUAUAAUUUCAUAUACGAAGUGCAGCCAAAAAAAAUAUGAAAAAAUAGCCACUGCGCUUCAAAAAAGCGUGACAAGUUGCAACUGGCCCAAACACAAAGCUUCUGUUCAGUAUAGGGAAGAAAAGCUGAACACGAAAAGCCACAUAAGCUGCCCAGAUACGGCCGAAAGUUUGCAUAUUUUGCCUUCAAAGUGGUGUUGUUGGUUGACAUUCAUUAGGAUGUGGUCGGACAUGUUAGUGUGUUUAGUUUUAGCCGUGUGUGCAAUGCUUAGUAAAGAGACGGGAAUUACAGUCCUUGGUGUUAGUUUUGUGUACGACUUUGUGUACUCGAAGAAUCAGAGGAAGAAACAGAAGAAAAGUUUUCUCAUCCUGUCAGUGGCCCUACUGCUGAUCCUAAUACCUCGCCUCAACACCAAACCUCCACAAUUUUCAGCAGCUGACAAUCCCACAGCAAGAGAACCAAGUGCGACUACAAGGUUUUUGACCUUAGCUUAUCUACCUUUCGUGAAUUUUUUAAUAUUGGUUUACCCCAGUCAAUUAAGUUUCGACUGGGGAAUGGACGCUAUACCCAGAAUACACAGUAUCAGAGACCCACGGGUGUUUUAUGCUUUAUGUUUUUACACAGUACUUACAGUGGUAUUGGGAGUUUGUCUCUUCGGAAUUCUCGAGCCGAGGGGAUGGUUUUCCGUUAGUUAUGCAAAUUUCAUUAAAGCAGGUUGCAUAAUUUACCACAGAAGAAAUUCGGAUACUCAUUCGCAUAACUGCAGGAUAGCAAAUAACAACAAUACUACCCAUAAUCACCACUUUCUUUGCGUUUGCACAGCGGUGAAGUUAACAUCGCAAAAAGUAACAUCGAGACACAGUGUAUUAUUUUCUUUAUCGCUAAUAGUUCUUCCCUUUCUGCCGGCAUCAAAUUUGCUCUUCUACGUCGGAUUCGUAGUAGCGGAGCGUGUCUUGUAUAUACCGAGUGCGGGUUUUUGUUUGUUGAUCGGUAUUGCCAGUGCGAAGUUGUGGAAACUUAAAAUGAAUCGUGGAUAUUUAUGUGCGGGCUUCGUUUUGGUGUUGGCCGGUUUUAGUGCGAAAACAGUGAUUCGGAAUUGGGACUGGAAAAAUGAGGAGUCGUUGUUUUGUAGUGCAAUCUCCUUCAAUCCGCCAAAGGCUUAUGGAAAUCUUGGCAGCAUCCUGAAUAGCAAAGGGAGAAUAGAAGAAGCAGAAGAAGCCUUUAAAAGAGCUUUGAAGCAUCGACCUAAUAUGGCAGAUGUGCACUAUAAUCUGGCCAUCCUGUUGCAGAGCAAACACGAGCUUGACGACGCUAUUCAGAGCUACCAGAGAGCAAUCCAUUUCCGGCCGUCAUUGGCACUGGCGCAUGUAAAUUUGGGCACGGCUUUAAUAGCAGCUGGCAGAUGUGAAGAAGCAGCUGCUAUUCUUCGGAAGGCCUCUCAACUUGAUGGUGUUGGAGUUAAAGAUAGAAGGGAACACGAAAAUGCCAAAGUGUCCGCGCUGUUGCAGCUGGGAGCUCUUCACAGCGACCAAGGUGAACUUCAAAAAGCACUUGCUGUGUACAGAGAAGCCGCUUUAAACCUUCCGGAUCAUUAUCCUCCUCAGAAAGUAUAUAAUGUACUCGGGGAAACGCUUGCCAAAAUGAAACGAGACGAAGAAGCUGAAAAGUGGUAUCGAGCAGCACUAGACGCUGAACCAGACCAUGUGCCAGCACACAUAACUUACGGGAAACUUUUAGCGAAAAAUGUGAGCAGAUCGGCGGAAGCAGAACAGUGGUUCCGCAGAGCUCAACGUUUGGCUCCAAAAGACGCCAGUGUUUAUCAUCAUUAUGGCGCAUUUCUUGUCAUAAAUCGACGUUACAAAGAGGCAGCCAACAUGUAUGAACGUGCAGCAGAGCUGUCCAUAGAUGAUUUCGAGCUUGCCGUAGCUGCCGCGACAGCUAUGCGCAAAGCGGGACGACACGAAGAUGCGGAAAAGUGGUAUCGACAGUCGGUGCGGAUGAGGCCGUCGGAUCCCCGAGGUCACACAAAUUUGGGAGCUAUGCUACACUUAAAUGGCAAAUAUAAAGAAGCAGAACACAGCUAUAAAAAAGCACUAAAACUGCAACCAGACGAUGAAACAACACUGACAAACCUGCACAGGUUAUACGGCAUUAUGACCUGACCCUAGGACAAAACCAAAUAUCGGGGUUAUGUGAUAAAUAAGAAAACUGGGGAAAGGGUGAAUGCCGAAUAUAUUGUGUACAGAGAAAAUGGUGUAGGUAUCUUACAAAGUACUAAUAAACUAAAUAGGUUUAGGAGUAAAGAUAAUUUACCGAGUUUUGUUUAAGUUAGGUCCCAGCGAAUAGCAGCGAUUAAUCAAAUUAUAUUACUUGCAAUAGGGACUUUAACUUAUUUAACAAAUUAUGUCUGCGAAAUAUAUUUAAAAUUUUUAGGGGUUUGUUGCUCAUUGUACUUCGAUCUAAUCACCAAAAUAGAAAUAUGUGAAAUAAAUAUAUUUAGGGGACGAAAUAAACUUUGACGCUAAUAAAUUUAAAAAAUAUAUGCAAGGUGUUUCAUGAGGAAUAGGCAUUAUUUUAACCACGCAUAAGUCUGAAAUUAACCCAAAGUUUCUAUAUAAACAAUUUUCUAAUUAAUACAAUUAUUUUUCAAAUUGUUUGUUGCAUUCCAAAUAAAAAAUGUGUCUUGCAUUUUCAUUAUAAGACAAGCAGUUAAGAUUUUAAAGUAAGGUUUGUGGUAGAUGGGCCAAUUUGGCCACCUUUAAAUUCAAUUGGAGAUGGGUGGAGACAAAAACUGAGCACAUCUCAUAAAAAAUUGUCGAUAAAUGUAGGGAGAGCAAAGGUUUACUUUUUGAGCGCUGGUAUUUUUGGUCUUUUAUUGAUAUUAAAGCAGUGUACUUACUAAAACCUCUAAAUAUAUCUACUUUGGUAGCUUUUUAGUUUAUGUAUCCGCUACGGACUAAUAAAAAUCGUGGGCCUGUAAAUUACUAACUAAUAAUUUUAGCUAACCACUCGCAUUAGUUUUUCUCUGCUCCAAUACAAACGGUGGCUUAAAUGUGUCCAGUUUGAAGCCCCUGCCAUAAAUCUUAUCGCGUAAAACAAGGAAUUUGAAAAGUUUUUGUAAUAAAUAAAAAAUACAGUGUCGUGUCAUUUUUUCCCUUAUCAAUUUAGGUAGCGUGCAGGUACGCACGCCACUGUCAAAAUUUAACAAAAUAAUUUUAUUACAAGACAUGCUUCUUCUCCUGCUAUUGAUCUCUGGAAAAUUUCGUUAAAAUAUAUGCAUGCCUUUUGAAGAAAUUUUUCAUUUUGCAUUUGUAAUUAAAUUUCAACACCCUGUAAGUCAGUUGCAAAGCAUUUUUGAGCAGAUCAAUUAUAUAACAGACUAUGGUUAUUUUGAGACGUAGAACACGUGGUGAAAGUAAUGAAUCUUCGUCCCUGAUGAAACAUCUUGUAUAUACGAAUAGCAAAAUAUCCCGUAGCUUUAAUUUUUUAUGCGUAGACAUUGCCCGUAGACAGAGAUGGAUUUGACCUAUGCAUUAUAUACAAUAACUUGUUGUAGAUAAGUGAGAUAAAAGAUAACACCUUUUGCGAUAUUUUUUAUAAAAUAAAUAGCAUCCUAAGAUUGUUGUUUAAGAUUUGAAAUUUGAAAUUAUUGUAAGAUUUUUGCCAAUUACCUUGUAAAUAUUUCCAAUCGGUCUAGUAUUGUUGAUCGACGAUUGAUUCACAGAGGGAGAGGAAAACUUAUUGCUAAUUAUAUGGCAUUGUUAUUGAAUAUCAUACAAAUUUGUCUUUAAAUCUCAGAUAACUUGAAAAUUCUUUGUUCAGUCGGCUUGAAUAGAAAAUUUAAGAUUUUUUCAUCAGUUUAAAACCUGACUUUUUCUGUAAAUCAUUCCACGUGAGCAUGAAUGGUAAUGGUUGAGCAUUUAUAGAGGCCUAUUGCAAUUAGCUAAGUAAGUACCAAUAUAAAUUUUAUGAAGAAAUUAAUAUUCCAGUAACAGUUGAAAUCAUAACUGUUGUAGUAAAAGACCUAAUGCAAUCCUCUUCCAAAAUGUGUGUUUUAUUUACUAAUUUCAACACCAGUAUAAAAGCGCAACUUUUCGGUUUUUAGCUGUUCCAUUUUGCUUCCGGUUAAGCAUUUACCUAUAAAUACGAUAGAAGUAUAAAAUACACAUACUAAAUUAGUACAUUUGUUAAAUUGUCAAAGGAAUUAUUUUUAAAACACGAACAAAUGCAGACAACUAUUUACAUAUUACGAAAAUUAAACUGUCGAUAAAAUUAAUAUUGAACACUUAGCAACUGUUUUAGCAUACUUAUUCAGGUUAAUUAAUUUCAGAGCAAAACAUAUUUAAAUUAACGUAAAACGUUUCAUUAAAUGCUUAUUAUAUAUCCGUUGGGUUUGUUUUAAUAUCUGCUGAUAGCAAUUCUUUUCAAUGGGGCCACCGUUCUAACAGUGGUCGGUAAAAUAAUUAAAAGGACAAUAUUAACGACGAUCUAUGGUGAUAGCAGUUUAGUUGAAGUUGAAUUUGAUUUUAAAAUACUCAAAGCUAAUUUAUGCAAUAAGUAAGAGAUAUUUUGUAAAUUGCAUUGACGCUUUUGUAAAAUAGGGUGCAUACAGCUGCUAUUCUGAAAAUGACUUUGCUAGUACUAUACUUUUUUACUGCAAGAAUAUAUAUUUUUAAUAAGGAUGCACUACGAUAUUUGAGGUGCUGUUACUAUAAAGUCACAUAGAUGAAAUUAAAUAAUUUUUUAUUUAUUUUGUUUUCUAUAUGAAUCGUGACCUCGACUAACCUCAUAUGUCGAGUUGCAUUAGCACAAUUCAAGCCAAUCAAAUACUGAACUAAAGUUGUGCAGUUGAACAAAAGACAAUAAAUAUUUCAGAACAUUUCAGUAGAUUUUAAUAAAUUUGUGAAAUAAUGCAAAAUGUAAAAACGAUAGUCGGUCAGUUAUCCAAUACAAUUUAUGUAUGAAAUAAUUCGUAUAAGUUAGCUUUGGGAUUAUAAAUAGUAACAAUUAUGUAAAAUAUCAAGUUCUAAAUGCUGGUAUCUUGUAUUGUACAUAGGUAAAUUAAUUCAUUUCUAUUGAAUUUUAUUAUAUGAAAUAUAUUAUAAAAUAUCCUAUCGUUUAUCGUUGUCACAUAUCGGUUAAUAGGUGUAAAAUAAUAUCCUAGAAUAAAACAAUCAUGCGGUUCAAGUUCGAUUUGGAAUUAUGUGGACUUUUAUUAAUUAUUGUUUUUUAAUUCCGCCUACUUUGUAGGAUUAACAUAUUUGGUUCAAGAAAUUCAGAGCAUUUUAGGUGAGUUUUGUACGUUUGUCAUUGUUUAUGUCUUUGAAAAUCAUACAUGAUAAAUAAUAAGUACUAAAACAAAUUUGUUACAAUCGAAUACUGGUGGACACUGCAAUCGGUAUUGAGUCUUUGUUUACAGAUCCUCAAAUUAAAAUACAAAACAAAAAUUAUAAAUAAUAUUGAUUGAAUGAAAAUGUGAAAAACAAUAAUCGACUGAAAUUUUCGGCAAUCUCAACGAAUGAAUUUGAACAACGGUUUAUUCUCUUUUAUAUAUUCACUAUCUCUGCCAAUUAACAUUUUCCACUAAUCUGGCUUUGAAAUUUAAAAAAUAGUUCACAAAUUGUCGACAUUUGUUAAUAAUGCCAUCGUAUGAGUAGUUAGCCAUUUAAUUGGCAGCGCUAAUACUAAACUCAGCGAACUAAUUAUCGCAAUAUGAGAAACAAUUUCUGACGGUAUUGACGGAGCAGUCUUGAUUUCUAGGUCCAUUUAUCAAAGCUAACUUUGUUAGUAUCUAGACUAUUUUAUUAUCAAUUGAAACUAAAAAAAAUGAGAGGUUGUUACUUAAAAACGCUAUUAAUAAUUGCACCUACGCAGUUAGAGUAUACAAGUAAUAACAAUUUAAAUUUUUCGGUUUAUAAAGAACAUAAUACCUGUGGGGACCAUUAGUAAUUCCUGUAACUUUUAUGUUACAAAAUGGUUGUGUAAUUGUUUUCGACCAUUAGUUUAAUUAAAAGAUAUAUAAAUUCUUGCAAUACUAAUAUUUUCCACUUUCCAAAUCGAAUUUCUGUCAGCGGAAGCAUCUGUUUAUUAUACAUGUUCUUACCAAACGAAAUUCUUGUAAAACCUCUUUAAACUCUUUGUCAAUAAUAAUCGUAGGAUGUAGUUGUUUUUACAAAAGUUUUGAAAUUUUAAUACGUAAGCUUGGAACUGUAACUUAAUCGAAUAUAUUUCUAGCUUUCUAUGGAAGGUACAACAUUACAUACAAAAACACUUGUAACAAUUGAAACUGUAAAAUAAAGCUUAUCUUAUUUUGUGUAA